CCCGUUCCAUCAUCCACCCACCAUAUAUACAACCAGGCCAGGCAACACUAUCCCUCUACACGACACGCCCCUUAAUUAAUCAACUAGCGUAAGUUGUCACCUCCCCCACUCUCUCCCCACAGAGGGCUGGCGUCUUGCACCCUCCCCACCUCCACCCCUAGAAACAGCACCAGCAGCAGCUCCCUCACCCGCUGACUCGGCUGGCUCUCUCGACCCUUCACCGAUGGUGGUGGUGGUGGCGGCGGUGGUGGCUUCACCAGCCGCGGCAAUGCUCUCGGCCUCGCUGCGUAUGGCAUCAUACGACACACACCAUGACUGCACACACACAGGGAGGGAUGAGACCAGCACCCACACAUCACGGCAGACAACGUGUCGUGUGUUAGCGGUGCCCACCGUGUCCUGGCGAUAUUUUACCCAUAGCACAGGGGAGAUAAACGGUUUGACGAAGCAGUGCAAAUGCAGGUGAUCCACGGAAUGCCAUGGCGGCGCGUGGAAACUGAACUGGAGGCGGUCGUCGAAGGGCGUCCCCGCCAUCGAAUCAUGCGACCGACUCCCCUUCUUCCUGGUUCGCGUCUUUGCAAACUCGUCAGCUGCCACCUGCUGCCCCACUCGCCUCAUGUGGUCGAGGAGGGGCACAUGGGAGCUGUCGAGCGUCCGACAGUUUCUGAUGUGCUUCUUCGGACAGACCUGAGGGAAAAAUUGCAUACACACAAGGCUGUUUGUGUGGCUGCAUGUGGUGGUGCCUGCUCACCAGUAUGUGGACGAGAGAAGCAGGCUCUCGUGGAGCAAAGGAGAUCACAGACUCAUCUGCAGCAGACACAGACAGACAGACAGACAGCAACGCAGGAACAGCAAGCAAACUGCAUCAUCCAUCACGUAGGUGCUCGUGUGAGAAUGUCGUGCGUCACCUUCAUAGAGUACAGAUCCCUUCCCAUUGGCCGGCAGCUCCUCGCCCGACGCGAUCCGGCAGAACACACACUUGAGCACUUCACCAUACUCGCCUGCCCACACAACCACAGGACAGGCAGCCAUCCAUACGGUCGGUCUUCCAUCCACUAAUCACCGACUGGCUUACCAUACGUCACGCUUUUGUAGAGGCCGACAGGCUGGAAGAUCGGCUGCCUCGGCAGCAAUCGCAUGGGGCCUUCGAAACAGAGCCUGGCAGUGCUUCUCUUGGACCAGGUGCUGGUUGAUUGUUCAAUCGACGACACCACAAAGACGAUGAUGGCGAGAGCAUGGGACAGGUCCCAUAGCAUUCCCC